GCCAUAAACAAACAGACGGAGGACCAGUAAGGCGCGUGAGAGCACUCAGCAGACCGAGGCGGAGGGACAGGGGGACAGCUGGAGAAGUGACGAGGCGGUUCCCAUGUCUGGGUUAAUAUUUACCCUGAGGACGAGCUCCUCCUGGCCCCGCGGCUGUCUGUGCAGGCUGGGCGGACUGCUGCUGCCGCCGCUCCCCCGGAACAACUCCACUGUGAUGUCAUCAGAUGCUCACUGGCUCUCUCCAGCUGACCGGGAGCAGGUGCUGAUGGAGCUCAGAUCCAUGGGCUGGGUGCAGGUGGAGGACCGUGAUGCUGUCUUCAAAGAACUCCACUUUAAAACCUUUAAUCAGGCAUUCGGCUUCAUGUCACGAGUUGCUCUACAGGCAGAGAAGAUGAACCAUCACCCAGAGUGGUUCAAUGUUUACAAUAAGGUCCAGAUUACACUGACUACACAUGACUGUGGAGGACUGUCAAAGAGGGAUGUCAAAAUGGCCAAGUUUAUCGACAAAAUUUCACUUUCUAUGUAAUAUGUAAUGCUUUUUGUUCCCAUGAGAAAGUUGGAUUGAUAUUUGCCUUUUUUUUCUAAUUUCACUGCUUUCAGUCAAUGACUUUGCUUUGUCAACAACUGUGAGUUAUAUUCUGUUUGCAUUUUGUAGAAGCUUUCUGAAAAAAAAUAAAGCUUUGAUUUUGUUAAAUGUUA